GCAUGCUGGCUUUCAAUAACCCCAUGCAAACAAAACUUCAUGACAACAUAUGUUCAUUCUUUCAAAAGUUACAGUGGGACAUGGAGACCUACAAAAAUGAACAAGAUAAGCUGGACACCGAUGUAGGGAAAAUGUUGACGCAGGACCAUUCAUCGAUUUGCAAAGUUCUGUUUGUCAUCCAUGAUCAGUGCGACAUCAGUCCCGAAAACUGUCAAAUUUUUCGGAUUAUUUUCGAAGGCCAGGAAAACUGUCAACAGUGUUAAAUCCUUUGACCAUUGAAAUAUUGAAAGGUGUUAUUAUUCCUAAGAAUUUGAUAAAAACUUUGAAUAAAGUUACUGAAGAAAAUGAAUUUUAAUAACCGCUGCAAAAUGGAUAAGCACAGUGAUGUUGAAAUCACAAAAAAUGUACGAUAUAGGAUAAUUGGUGAAAGAGGUGAAAGAAAAUCGUGGCUGACAGUCGCAAAAAUGAUGACCGAUCGGUAAUAUGCAAUUGAAGACCAUGGAGGCCAACAUCACUGUCGGUAAUGCUUCCUCCGUGGCAGGUUCCUCAUUCGGUGAUUUCACGGCGAUACUCACUGCCGCCGUUUUGGGGUUGCUGAUUCUUACCACCAUAGUAGGAAAUGUAUUUGUGAUAGCAGCAAUUCUGAAGGAAAGGAAUUUGCAGUCAGUGGCAAAUUACUUAAUAGUGAGUUUGGCUGUUGCAGACCUAAUGGUUGCCUGUCUUGUCAUGCCUUUGGGAGCUGUUUACGAGAUAAACUCAAGAUGGUCUCUGGGCCCAGAGCUCUGUGAUAUGUGGACAAGCAGUGACGUCCUUUGUUGUACAGCUUCAAUUUUGCAUCUAGUGGCCAUCGCAGUUGACAGAUAUUGGGCUGUCACCGAUCUUAAUUAUAUACAGGCAAGAAAUCCGAGAAGGAUUGGCAUCCUGGUCGUAGCUGUAUGGGUGGUAUCUUUAGCAAUUUCAUUGGCACCUCAACUUGGUUGGAAGGAUCCUGGUUAUUUGGAUCGCAUUGCAAAAGGAAAGUGCCUAGUAUCUCAAGAUCUAGCCUAUCAGAUAUUUGCAACUUGUGCAACAUUCUACCUUCCACUCUUAGUUAUUCUGAUUCUGUAUUGGAAGAUAUUCCAAGCAGCACGAAGACGCAUUAGAAAAAGGCCUGGGGCAACGAUACAACCUCCUAGAGAAAGAAGAGGCAUUCUCAGGCUCGUGAAAAAAGGUCCUAGAGAGGAAUCGACUGCCUUCACCAUAACUCGAUCGACCCCAGAUCAUUCGUCAGUUUCACCAGAAAAAUCGUCGUAUAAUGGAGCAAAUGUGCAACAGUUAUCGACAACAGUGGCCAUAGCGACGAUGACAACAACGACCGUGACGACCUUAACAACGACAACCACGUCGGCAGUGGCGUCAACAGUUACCCCAAUCCCUUCUCAGCAGAUGUCAAUGGCAUUAUCAACUAGAAGAACUCGCGAAACGAUAGAAGCUAAACGCGAGAGAAAAGCCGCGAAAACAUUGGCUAUCAUUACCGGUGCCUUCGUCGCCUGUUGGCUGCCAUUUUUCUUCGUAACAUUGCUUCAGGCAACCGUCUCGUCCUUUCACCCCCCCGAACUAGUCGCCAGUGUGUUUCUCUGGCUCGGAUAUUUCAACAGUACCCUUAAUCCAGUCAUCUAUACCAUCUUUUCUCCUGAAUUCAGGCAGGCCUUUAAAAGGAUGCUUUGUGGUAGUGCAAGAUUUGUACGCUGAUGUCCCAAAAUCCUAUUCUAGAUAUAUUUAUCAAAAAUAAUUUUAAUUGUAAUAUUUCUUUUGGUAACACUGUGUUACACUGAAAAAAUACUUUUCACUAAACAUGGUAGAAAUAGCAGGUCUAGUAGUGAUGAACAUCGAUCGAACAAUACGAUGGACAGCUGAUCUGAUCAAUCUGCUUGGUCUAUCUGCGCGAACUUCUCUUCUUGAAAACAAUCUCACACACAACAGUAAUCUUUCAAUUACAAACUUCCGAAUGAAUAAAACUUUAUCAGAAGGAUAUGAAAUUAUCAAAAUUUGGAUUUCCGUAUUUUGAAUGCUUAACUUUUUACUUCCAGGGUUUAUAUUGGCUAAAAAUUCAAACACUCGUGAGAAAUGUCAACUUUCGAAUUGAGUUCGAUCGGGAAUUAGCAAAAAAGAAAGUAUCGAUCACGAACGAGCAGAGGGAACUAUUGGCUUGACAUCCGUCUAGUGGAACUAAAACAAGUUUCAUACGUGAAAUUUCUCAUUCACCACGAAAAUCUGACUUUAUAGUCAAACAACCGUUUUUUCCUAACCGUUUUUUAUUCGUUUACCAUUUUUGUUUUCAAAGCAGAAAACAAACGUUUCUAAUUAUAGAUGGUUCAUUUUAUUGCCAUAAGAAUUCAUAAAGCUGUAAUCGAAAAUAUUUAAAAAUUUCUCAUUUUUUGCAUAUUUUUCCAACUUUACAACAAUUUAAUGGCAUUUUUUGAAAUCCACUAAUUUUUGGCUCGUUGUUUGUUAAAAUAUGUAACUUAGUAUUUCUACAGAUUCCAAUAAAAAAGAUCAUUGCACGCGAAACUUAACCUGAUUUUAAUACAUUACAGUCAAAAUGAUUAGAUAAAAAACUCAUUAGAUUGUUGUUAAAGUUAAAAAAUUCAGAAAAAUGAAUAACUUCGAAAUAUUUUCCAAUAUAAAAUCAGAUUUUGGGGAUGCGAACUAUGUCUUGUGAAAAGUAUAUUAAGAUUAUUUUACACAGUGUAAUUCUGGAAUUAAUUGUACGAUUUACUGAGAUAAAUCAUAUUUUAUGAUAUUGCCAUAAAAAUUGAGAAACAUGUGUUUCAUGCCAUUUUUAUCACAUUUUCGCCAGAAUUAUAUUUUAUUUUUAAUAUUGUUUCAAACUUUCAUAUCAUUUUUACACAGAGCAUGUUGAGAAAUGUGCGCAUGAAAUAAUGGAGCGUUCAAAAAUUUCAUAAAUUUUAAAUCUAGAGAAGGAGGGAAAAAUGAAAAUGGAGGCAAACAGCUUUAAUAAAUUUAGAAGAUAUAGAUGUAUAAUAUUAUAUUUAUGUUCAUUACAGAAGAUUUUUGCAUUUCUAACCAAAUUUGAGUGCAUUAGCUUAUAAUUUUUUAGCGAAAAUAACACUCAUCAACAAAAUGUGAUCUGUGUUGUAUUUUCAAUGGGACGUGUCUUUUGCGCAACAAUACUUUGAGCUCCUUUGAAAUCCAAAUUCCAUUUUUCUUCCAUAUAUCAGGCUUCUGACUUUUUAAAGUCAAUCGUUUCCUCAAAAUCGCUUGAAUUGUCUGAAAGUUUAUAUGAUCUUGAAUACUGUCGAAUUCUUUUCAGUUCACUUAAAGCCACUUGAAUUUUGUGUAACCCGCUUAAAUUGUCUUGAUUGAAUAGGGUCGUUGUAAUUUGUUUUAAAUCAUAGCCUAAUAAUAAAAUAGAUAAGAAUGUUGACUAUAUAGAAACGCAUUUUUGUGAAGUGUCAAUUUUUUUUAUUUCAUUCUAAAAUAUGUACAUUUUAAAGUAGGUAAUAUCUAUACGUUCGGCCACAAGCCAGGUCCCUUUUCCGUUUCCAGCUUUCGCUUCCCCUUGUCAGAUCCGUAUAUUUAGAAUCGAUCGUAUUAUAAAUGCACUUAAUCGUACUGAAUGCCCGGAAGCUGACACAGCCAUCAAAAUAUAUAAGUACAUUCCCUGCUUGGGAAAGGCAAUUUAACCACUCAAGGUCAUUGCAAUUUUUCAAAUAUUUCUAAUUCUUUUUUCAAUUUUAUUUUGAAUGAAGUAUUUUAACCACAUCCUCUUUCAUCAUUGUGAAGGGUAGAUAAUCUAUUAUUGAAAACGCAAUUGUUGUAAAUCAUGCAACGAACCAAUUACCUGAAUUCGAUGGGAUUCCUCUUUUGGGAUUCUCCUCAAUUUUGUAAAAUUCCCUUGAAUUCUAUUCAAUUCUCUUAGAUUCAUUUGUUUUCACUUUAAUAUUAAAACAUUAUCUUGAAUUCAGGUGCAAUUAUUUUAAAUUUUACGAGAAAUUCCUUUCAAAUGAAUUCCGGAGAAUUCAACAGAAUUCGAAUCUGCCGAAUUAUGAAUUGUCCAGAAAGGGAUGGUUUCUCUAUCAGACAUCCUCCGAGUGGCUAGUAUUGGUACAAUCAAGUCUAUCAUUUUUUCUUCGUCAUUAAUGAAUUAAGAUAAUGCCUCAUAUUUUACUUGUAAAGAGUUAAUAUUUAGCUCCGUAUAACUUUUUCAUCUUAAUUUUUUUUGUACAUGUUUUUCUUGUUGUCAACACAAAAUCACAUCCACUUACAGUGCGAUUUGUACCUUUUUGAAUUAAUUUUCUACUGAGAAAAACUCACAAGCCUGACAUGCAGGAAAAAAAUUGAUGUCAGUUUUAAAUUCAGCACGAAAAACGACUACCAAAAAGACUUGUCUAAUUCUAAGUACACAUAGUCAGUACUUUAUCGACCAAUUUAUUCAAUGAUGCUAUAAAGCUCGCACUUUUUUGUUUAAACUUUUGUCUUCGAAAUCUUUCAUAGACCAUAUCAAAUUAAAGUACUUUAAAUUCUAUACGCAAAGAACUCUUUACGAAGUUUGAGCAUCAUCAAAUUAAUUUAACUAAUAUUUUCGUUAUUAUCUCGCUAGAAUUUUAUUUUAAAAUCUACUGAAUUUCCCUUUGUCCAGUUAGUAAUAAAAUUAACAAUACCUCGUAUACAUUUUGGAAUUUUAUAAAUUUUAAAACUAAAAUACAAUUGGUUACAUGUUGAAUUUAUACAAACUUUUA